GGAGGAGGAACCGGCUCCGGCUUCACCUCUCUGCUGAUGGAGCGUCUCUCUGUCGACUACGGCAAGAAGUCUAAACUGGAGUUUGCGGUGUACCCGGCCCCCCAGGUGUCCACGGCUGUGGUGGAGCCCUACAACUCCAUCCUGACCACCCACACCACCCUGGAGCACUCGGACUGCGCCUUCAUGGUGGACAACGAGGCCAUCUACGACAUCUGCCGCAGGAACCUGGACAUCGAACGCCCCACCUACACCAACCUCAACAGGCUGAUCGGACAGAUCGUCUCCUCCAUCACCGCUUCCUUGCGCUUCGACGGCGCCUUGAACGUGGACCUGACGGAGUUCCAGACCAACCUGGUGCCCUACCCUCGCAUCCACUUCCCUCUGGCCACCUAC